AUGAGGCAGGCGCGUCCGACGCGUUUUGCCUCGAACUACAACAACUACGAAACCUCGUACACGUCCUAUGGCGCUGGCGGCGGUGGUGGCGGAGGCGGCUUCAUACCAGGAGAAGGCGGCAGCACACAGAGUCCCGGUGGCCGGCAAAACCAAAUCCAGGACUCGAUACGCCCUGUUACGAUCAAGCAGAUACUAGACGCUCAAGGAGAGGCAGGGAGCAACGACACCUUCAAAAUUGACGGCACAGUAAUCAGCCAGCUCACACUUGUCGGCCAAAUACGCAACAUAUCUAACCAGACCACAAACACCACAUAUCGCCUCGAUGACGGCACCGGUAGCAUAGAGGUCAAGCAAUGGGUCAAUCCCGAGACAGUAGACCACAGCAGCCUUGCCAAGGCUAAGCUCGUCGAAGGCGCAUACUGCAGGGCAUGGGGUAAGCUAAGGAGCUUCAAUGACCGCAAAUCGGUCGGAGCGACAAUCAUUCGCCCAAUCGAGGACAUGAACGAAAUCUCUUACCACUUGCUCGAAGCAACGGCCAUCCAUCUCUACUUUACGCGUGGUCCUCCUGGCCAGGCCGGCGGUGCUACAACCAAUGGAGCAGGAAAACAACAGGCGAUAGAGGGCGGGUAUGGCGGGGCCGACCUCGCAGGCUACUCUCAAGCUGCGAAGAGGGUCUUCAGCUUUUUGAAAGAAGUUGAACAGUCAAACGAGGGCGUGAAUCAGUAUGAAAUUGCCUCCAAGCUCGGCAUCGACGCCGCAGACGUAGCAAAGGCGGGUGAGGAUCUGUUGGCAGGUGGUCUGAUAUACACAACUCUUGACGACCAGACCUGGGCGAUUCUUGAGGCAGACUAA